AGAGAAAAAAGCAGAAUUGGAGUACAACCCACAUCAGACACGUACUAACACAGAAGUAGUUUUCAUCUCCGUGAUUAUAGAUUCACUUCAGGACUUUUCAACAUUUCUCAGUUUCUGAGCUGCUGAAGAAAAUGUUUCACUCCUUUGUUUUUUGCUGUUUGUGCUUUUGGCAUCUGGUUGGUGUGUUUGCUGAUCCAGAAGAAGUCAAGUCUGUGUCAGUGACAGAGGGAAAUCCAGUCACUCUAGACUCUAGACUUACUGAAAUCAAGAAAGAUGAUGUGAUAAUAUGGAGAUUUGGACAAACAGAGACUAUAGCUCUCAUUAAUAAAGCGGCUGGAAAAUUCAACACAUCUGUUGUUCCUGAUGGAAGAUACAGAGACAGACUGAAGCUGGAUCAUCAGACUGGAUCUCUGACCAUCACAAACACCAGAACCACAGACUCUGGACUUUAUCAAGUUGAGAUCAGAAGUGGGAUAGUCACCACACACAGAUUCAAUGUUACUGUCUACGCUCGUCUGCCUGUUCCUGCCAUCAACAGAGACUCUUCAAACUGUUCUUCAUCAAACUCCUCAUCCUCGCAGCAGAAUUGUUCAUUGGUGUGUUCAGUGGUGAAUGUGGGUCAUGUGACUCUCUCCUGGUACAAAGGAAACAGUUUAUUGUCCAGCAUCAGUGUGUCUGACCUCAACAGAAACCUUUCUUUAAUGGUGAACUGUACAGAUAAAAACAGCUACAGCUGUGUGGUAAAAAAUCCCAUCAGCAACCAGACUCAACAUCUGGACAUCACUAGACUCUGUCACACAUGUGCAAGUUCUAAAGGCUCUGGACUUAUGAUAGGGCUGAGUUCUGCUGCUGUUGCUGUAUUUCUGGUGCUGUUAGCUGCAGUCGGGAUCUUCUGGAUCUACAAGAGACACAGAAAAACAGACCAAGCAGACCAGACUCGUAACGAAGACAUCACUUACGCUGAUCCAACGUUCUACCAACGAAAAGCAAAGAAAUCGGAAGUCAAGCAGGAGGAAGAGGUGGUGUACGCAGGCGUCGUCAUGAAACGUUGAUCAAACAGUUCAUUUAUGCGAUCACAGACAGAACUGUUUACUUUGGAUUGUAAAGAAUUUUAAAGCUGUGUCUGUGCCAAAUGUAAAAAUUUUUUUAAAUUCUAUAUAUAUAUAUAUAUAUAUAUAUAUAUUUUAUUGUACAGAAAUGAUGCAUGCACAUAUGAUGUCAGAAAGACGGAAGUCACUAUAGCAGUGUUAAAGCGUUAGCUACUAACUUGAAACUCAUCAUUAUGAAGCUAUGUUAAAUCUUUUAAUAAAGUCAGACCUAGUGUUAUAUAUUUUAUUUAUUUCUCAUCAAUUAAAUA